AUGGCACCGAAGGCAGAGAAGAAGGUGGCGGCGGAGAAGGCUCCGGCAGAGAAGAAGCCCAAGGGUGGGAAGAAGCCCCCGAAGGAGGGUGGAGCCGCGGCUGCCGGAGAUAAGAAGAAGAAGAGGGUGAAGAAGUCGUCGGAGACGUACAAAAUCUACAUCUUCAAGGUGCUGAAGCAAGUCCAUCCUGACCUCGGGAUCUCCAGCAAGGCCAUGGGCAUCAUGAACAGUUUCAUCAACGAUAUCUUCGAGAAGCUCGCGCAAGAGGCGUCUCGCUUGGCCGGCUACAACAACAAGCGGACCAUCACUUCCUCUGAGAUCCAGACCGCCGUCAGAUUGGUUCUCCCCGGCGAAUUGGCAAAGCACGCCGUCUCUGAAGGCACCAAAGCAGUCAUCAGAUUUGCAAGCUCUUAG